AUGAGACAACAAGUUCGCCUUGAUGCAAAAACUUUUCAUAAACGUGCACGAAAUUUAUUGUCUUCUUGGAAGGCUUCGCUCAAAAAGGGUACUUCUGACGAAUUUUUUCAAGGUGCCUCCGCAAUUCUCGCCGUAAUAGGCGAGUUGCAAGAAGAUUAUCCUUAUCAAAAAUCAAUAGCGUUGGAGAGCUGGCUCUUAGGGUUAGAAAUACCUAAUGUAUUGAUUCUCUUUACGACCGAAAAAAUAUAUUUCGUGACGAGCGAGAGUAGAGCAAAUAUGUUAGAAGAUUUAAAGCUGGGUGAAAAGCAAAUACCCAUUGAGAUUCUCAAACGAACGAAGGAUACUAAUCAUAAUCGUAAGUUGUUAGAACAAAUCUGUAAUAUCAUGCUGGAAACAAAUGCCGAGAAACGUAUUGGUAUAUUGCCGAAACAAAAAUACACCGGCAGCUUUCUAGAAGAAUGGCAAAAGGUGUACGAGAAUAUAAAAUCUGACAUACAAGAAGUCGAUGUUUCUGCUGGCGUAGCUUCCAGCUUAUCCAUCAAGGAUGAAGAUGAAUUGCUUGCUGAAGAAAUUCAGACAAUGAUUGAGACUGAUAAAACACUUGCUAAAAGCAUUAAUGUUCCAGAUCUUGACUUAGAACGACUGGAAUCCUGUUAUACACCUAUAAUCCAAAGUGGUGGAAAAUACGAUCUGAAAUCCUCGGCACAAUCUACUGACGAAAAAUUACAUACCGGAAGUGGAAGUAUUGUAUUAUGUUCAUUAGGAGCAAGGUAUAAAUAUUAUUGUUCCAAUAUCGGAAGAACAAUUCUUAUACAAGCAACUAAGACUCAAGAAAGAAAUUACCAGUUCCUUUUGGAUCUUCAGCGGCAUGUUCUAGAAUACAUAAAAGAUGGCACAAAAAUACGAGAUGUAUACUCGAAAGCUAUUGAUUAUAUUAAAUCCAAGCGGCCCGAUCUCGAAAAUGCCUUUGUUAAGACUCUUGGAUUUGGGAUGGGAAUCGAAUUCCGUGAGGGACAUUAUCUUCUGAAUCCUAAAAACACGAGAGAAUUAAAGAGUGGAAUGGUAUUGAAUCUAUCGAUAGGUUUUCAAAACCUUAAAAAUGAACAAGCAACAGAUGAUAAACGAAGUGAAAAUUAUUCACUUUUAGUAAUUGAUACAGUACGAGUGACCAAUGAUCGACCAAUUAUACUAACGGAUUAUCAAAAAACCUUAGACUCUGUGUCUUACACUUUUAUGGAUGAAGGGAAAAGCGAUCAAGAAGCAAAGAAAGAAAACAAACGGCCAGUCAAACAAACUGAGCCGAAGAAAGCCCCACCUAAAAAAAGUGCUGUAUUGAGAACUAAAUUCAGGAGUGAAGAGCAGCGUGAAGAAACUAAAGAUCAACAGCGCAGAGCACAUCAAAGGGAAUUGGCAGCUUUAAAACAAGCAGAAGGAUUGGCUAGAUUUGCUGAAUCCUCAGAUCAGCAAACAUAUCAACAGCAAGUUUUCUUUCAAAAAUUUGAAAGUUAUAAACGGGAUUCUGCUUUGCCUAAAGAAGUCAAAGAACUUAAGAUUGUUGUAGAUCAAAAAAACGAAUCAAUCAUUUUACCUAUUUAUGGCUUUGCUGUACCUUUCCAUAUUUCAACGCUAAAAAAUGCAAGUAAAAGCGAAGAAGGGGAUUAUACUUAUUUACGUUUGAAUUUCUUAACUCCUAAUCAAGCGUCUGGCAAGAAAGAAGAUAUGCCAUUUGAUGACACGAACGCAACCUUUGUUCGUGCCGUUUCAUAUCGAAGUACAGAUCCGUAUUUAUCCGAGAUCCACAAAAAGAUUCUUGAUCUUAAGAAAAGUGCUUCCAAAAAAGAAGCGGAGCGUAAAGAACGGGCAGAUAUUGUCGAACAGGAUAAGCUCAUAGAAUUAAAAGGUCGAAGACCUCAACGAUUGUCAGAAGUAUUUGCAAGACCUGGAUUAGAGGGCAAACGAGCGCCAGGAGAGCUCGAAAUACAUCAGAAUGGAUUAAGAUAUCAUGCUAGUAAAACGAAUCAAAAAAUAGAUAUUCUGUUUAGUAAUGUCAAACAUAUGUUUUUCCAACCUUGCGACAAUGAACUCAUCGUGUUGUUGCAUGCACAUUUGAAAAAUCCUAUCAUGAUUGGCAAGAAAAAAACAAAGGACAUUCAAUUUUAUCGAGAGGCUUCAGAUGUUCAAUUCGAUGAAACAGGCAACCGCAAGAGAAAAUAUCGAUAUGGUGAUGAAGAUGAAUUAGGUGCCGAGCAGGAGGAACGCAGAAGACGAGCUCAAUUGAAUAAAGAAUUCAAAUCUUUUGCAGAAAAAAUAGCUGAUGCAACUGAUCGAAUAGAAGAAAUUGAGGUUCCUUAUAGAAAUUUAGGAUUCAACGGCGUUCCUUUUAGAACCAAUGUAUUACUUCAACCUACAAAUGAUGCUCUUGUUCACUUAACUGAUCCACCAUUCUUGGUAAUAACACUUGCUGAUAUAGAGAUUGCUCAUUUGGAACGUGUUCAGUAUGGAUUGAAACAUUUUGAUAUUGUAUUUGUAUUUAAAGAUUACUCGCGUCCGCCUGUACAUAUCAAUACAAUUCCGAUGGAACAAUUAGAAAAUGUGAAAGAAUGGCUAGACAACGUGGAUGUAACAUUUACUGAAGGACCUGUUAAUCUGAACUGGACGCAGAUUAUGAAGACAAUAAACGCUGACCCGGCAGAAUUUUACAAGGAAGGUGGUUGGUCAUUUUUAGCCGAGAAUGAGGAUGGUGAAGGUUCAGACGCAUCCUCUGACUCUGCAAGUGAAUACCAAUUAAGUGAAAGCGAGGCUGAUGAUGACGAUAGUGGAAGUAGUUAUGAUGAAGAUGCUUCGGAUGACUCUGCUUCAGUUGAAGAAGAGACUGAAGAGAGUGAUUGA